CCCUACCCGGGCAGACAACCUCCCUCAUUCACAUCAGAAAUGGCAAAGAUUCCAUUUUGGAAAGUAAAUCUCUUUUUGUAUAGAGGGACGUAAAAUAGCAAAAGUACGGUUCGGAGUCUUUUUUUUCUUGAUUAUUUGAAAUCCAAAUCAAAAUGCCUCAACUUGAUAAAUUGACUUAUUUCUCACAAUUCUUUUGGUUAUGUCUUCUCCUCUUUACUUUUUAUAUUCUCUUAUUUAAUAAUAAUAAUGGAAUACUUGGAAUUAGUAGAAUUCUCAAACUACGGAACCAACUGCUUUCGCGCCGGGGGGGGGGGGGGGGCGAGAUCCGGAGCAAGGACCCUAAGAAUCUGGAAGAUAUCUCGAGAAAACGUUUAAGCACCGGUCUCUCAUAUAUGUACUCCAGUUUAUCCGAAGUAUCCCAAUGGUGUAAGACCGUCGACUAUUUGGGAAAAAGGAGGAAAAUCACUCUGAUCUCUGAUUUUUCUGAAAUAAGUGGCUCACGAGAAAUGGAGAGACAGAUUCUCUAUUUGAUCUCGAAGUCCUCAUAUAACACUUCUUCCAGUCGGAUCACUUGUUGGAAAAACAUAAUGCUCACACAUGUUCCACACGGGGAAGGAAGCAUAAUAUUAUGAAAAUGAAUGGAAUCAUUGACUUACACCACGAUAUCUUUUGCUUCUUGUUAUGCUUGACUUUUUGUAGUAUUUUCUUUAUGGAAUCAUCCGGCCAGAAACGGGGAAGAGCCCAUGCUGUCGUAGAGGCCUCGUCGAGUGCUUCCGCUCCGCCAAACAAAGGAGAUGAUGAUCCACGAAAAAAAAGUGGGACGUCAAGACGCCAAUGGCAAAGAUGGGUUUCGGUCAGAGCCGCCCAAAAAUGGGGCGCAACCUGAAGUACCAUCCAUUUCUUUCUUAAGGAACAGAAUUAAAACAGUUCUAAGGUCCUGUCGAAAUAGGGUUCCUAAGGAGAGCACAUUACGCUCGACUUACGAGGAUCUUCACCUUGAAACGGCGAGCGCCGAGAAACGGGUCAAAAUCGCCCAGGUCCUCGAAGAUAUGUCCAGGCGAAGCCAAUAUUUUCGGAGUAACAAAAGGGAGCAGCCCCAUACCGACUUGAUUAUUCAAAUCUGCGAUUGGGAGCGGGAUCACCUACGAAAAAUAAAUUCACUGGUGUAGGUUUCUCAUAGGAAACCAAGGCCCCUACCUACCUUAUGGGUAGGUAGGGGGAAGGAAGAGUGGGAACGCGGGCUUUCUUCAGGUGCCAUUCUGUAUUUUGUAGAGUCCGGAAGAAUGGUGAAAAACGGGCUGUUUCGAAAGAAACUAUGAAAAAAGAAGAUUUCUCGUCCAAUCGGACAGGGCUCGCGAACCUAGUAUAGUGGGAUGAACUCCGCGCCUGCCCGAAAGAUAGAAUACUGAUUUCCAGAUUGAUACGAUUGGUAUCGGAAUCCGGGUUAGGAGAAGGAAGCUCGGGUAUUGUUGGAAGCAAGUAGUUGCCAUCGGAAAGUUAGAUUUGGUAAACAGAAGUGUUUACUCGACAAUAAGCAAUAAGCAGAAGUGGGAAUAAGAUUGGUAGCGGGAAGUGAUAACUCUUUCUUUGCAGUCUUUCUACUCGGUAUCGAAACUCGGAUCUCUAGUCUGGAGAAUGGCGUGUCUUUCGUAUCACAGGUCUUGCGUUUCUGGUCAGGCUAAGGAAGUCGCGGAAAACGAGGCCUGAAGAGAAGUCCACGCGUGAUGACCAAUAUUCAUCAGAACCCUCCCUCGGUCAGCGUAGUGCCAGCAAGGAAUAAAUCAGAAGGGCAAGCAGGUUUCAAUCAUUUGUUUUUAGCAUCUCCACUAUAAAGAGUAGAGAGAAAGAAGCCUUUCGCAUCUGGAAAGAGGACACCCACUACAACUUAUUAUCUUAGGGGCUUGCUUCUUGUGAAGAACUAAGGCAGCUCAAAUGAAUGCUCGCCUACUCAUGUAGCUGUCUCUUCUUAUUUUAUUGCGUAAUAUGAAUUGUAAAUGCUGAAAAAUUAUCUCUCUAUAAAGUAAAAAAAAGAAGAGUUGUCAAUUCGGUAAACUCAUUAAAAAAAAGAAAUGAACAGUCUCACUAUUCGAUGAACUAGGGUGGGCCAGGGAACUCGUAGCUUAUGCACGCGCACGAGGCAUGAAAAA